AUGCAGCAAUCGUAUCAAUUAGAGAGUCGAAAUGCUCCAUGGAAAAAGUAUCGUUAUACAAUCAAAAGUAAUGAUAUUUGGAAUGCAACUUAUUAUCAAGUUCGUCGAUCUGGUUUUCGUAAAUAUCGACAGUUUGAGGAUGGAAAUGAAAAAAUAUUAUUUUACAUUGGAUUCAAAGCAAUUCAUUCAGUCGAUGAUAAAGAAACUCUUGCUAAUGUGCAAAUUGAUAAAAAACUUGUCGAAACAGUUAUUGGCAAUUUUACUCUGUCGGAUUUAAAAAUCUUGGAUCGAAGUUAUGUUUUAAAAAUCAAUGAUAAUAUUGUUGCGCAAGUGAAAAUAAAUAAGCAUAGUUGGCAUGAUCAGUUUACCAUUGAAAUGGCUGAUAUUGAUAACGAAUAUCAAGCAUUUAUAUUUGCACUUCUUGUAUUAAUCGAUUCUAUUCUCCAACCAAUGAGCAGACCUGUUAGUGAUGCAGUUUCAUUACCAGAUCAUCGUAUGCCAGUUCAAAUUACACCAGGAUUCUGUAAUAUGUCAUUUCCGAGCGCACCAGCAUCUUGUGAUAUUAGUUGUUGUAAUCUAGGAUGCGGACCGUGUUGCUAA